CGGCGAGCCGGCAGACCUUCGCAGGCGUCGGAGGCGAAGCUCCUGCUUGUUAUGCCCACCCCGGGCGCCAAGGUGAAGGCAUUCGGGAAUCGAGGCGCCAGGGGCGGCUGAGUGAAUCGCCUGCAACUCCGCGACCCCCGAUCACGUAAGGCCCCCCAUCCGGGGGCGGGAGGCCGCAUUGGAGCAUCGGCGGGGAGCAGGAAUGGCAGAACCCACCUGGCAGCGUGUCUGCGGCGCCGCUUGCCUGCCCGACCCCUAGGGAUGAAGAGGAGACUGGGAGCCCGCCGAGGAGGCACUGCAAGCUGGGCGGCAACGCAGACGUCGCCGGACGGACGCGAGUGAUCGUCUUGGGGGGGAGCGAGGGGGCGCACUCAAGUUUGUCAGUUUAAUUGCAGAAGCGUGAAAGAGACGCCCCCCCCCAAAAAAAAGCACAACAAUCUCUUAAGACGAGAAACGUUGAGUUUCUCUCCCCGCCCCCCAUUAAAUUUUUUUUUUUUGGUCCAGAUCUUGAAGAUUGUAUUCAAUGUAUUGUCCAUUCGCUGUAAGAUGAGAACUUUGUGAAGUCUCUCCCAGAGCGAGAAGGAUGACUACCCCCGCCCUGCUGCCCCUGUCUGGCCGGAGGAUCCCCCCUCUGAACCUGGGCCCCCCCUCCUUCUCCCACCACCGGGCUACCUUGAGACUCUCCGAGAAGUUCAUCCUUCUGCUGAUUCUUAGUGCCUUCAUCACCCUGUGUUUUGGGGCAUUCUUCUUCCUUCCAGACUCUUCUAAACACAAACGGUUUGAUCUGGGUUUGGAAGAUGUGUUAAUUCCUCACGUGGAGGCCGGCAAAGGGGCGAAGAACUCGGGCGUCUUCCUGAUCCACGGACCCGAUGAACACAGACACAGGGAAGAAGAAGAACGUCUGAGAAACAAGAUCCGAGCCGAUCAUGAGAAAGCCCUGGAAGAAGCAAAAGAAAAACUGAAAAAGUCAAGGGAAGAAAUCCGAGCAGAAAUUCAGACAGAGAAAAAUAAGGUAGCCCAAGAAAUGAAGACGAAAGAGAAUAAGCCACUGCCACCAGUCCCUAUACCCAACCUUGUAGGAAUAAAUGGUGGAGACCCAGAAGAUGAUGACAUAAGAAAGAAAAGGGAAAAAAUUAAAGAGAUGAUGAAACAUGCCUGGGAUAGUUAUAGGACUUAUGGAUGGGGACAUAAUGAACUCAAGCCUAUUGCAAGGAAAGGACACUCUACUAACAUAUUUGGAAGUUCACAAAUGGGUGCUACUAUAGUAGAUGCUUUGGACACUCUUUAUAUCAUGGGCCUUUAUGAUGAAUUCCGAGAUGGGAAAAAAUGGAUUGAAGACAACCUUGAUUUCAGUGUGAAUUCUGAAGUAUCCGUGUUUGAAGUCAACAUUCGAUUUAUUGGAGGCCUGCUUGCAGCGUAUUACCUUUCAGAAGAGGAGAUUUUCAAGAUCAAAGCAGUGCAGUUGGCUGAGAAACUUCUUCCUGCCUUUAACACCCCUACUGGGAUUCCCUGGGCGAUGGUAAAUCUGAAAAGUGGAGUAGGACGAAACUGGGGCUGGGCAUCUGCAGGUAGCAGCAUUCUGGCAGAAUUUGGUACUCUGCAUAUGGAGUUUGUCCAUCUCAGCUACUUGACAGGAGACCCGGUUUACUUCAAAAAGGUCAUGCACAUUAGAAAACUUCUUCAGAAAAUGGACCGCCCAAAUGGCCUUUAUCCAAAUUACUUGAACCCAAGGACAGGGCGCUGGGGCCAGUAUCAUACAUCAGUUGGCGGCCUAGGAGACAGUUUCUAUGAAUACUUACUGAAAGCCUGGUUGAUGUCAGAUAAAACAGACCAUGAGGCAAGAAAAAUGUAUGAUGAUGCUAUUGAGGCUAUAGAAAAGCAUCUUAUUAAGAAGUCCCGGGGAGGUCUCAUUUUCAUUGGAGAAUGGAAGAAUGGACACUUGGAGAAGAAGAUGGGGCAUUUGGCCUGCUUUGCUGGGGGAAUGUUUGCACUAGGAGCAGAUGGUUCCAGAAUGGAUAAAGCUGGUCAUUAUCUAGAACUUGGAGCAGAAAUUGCACGGACUUGUCAUGAGUCAUAUGACAGAACUGCAUUAAAGCUAGGGCCUGAGUCAUUCAAGUUUGAUGGUGCAGUAGAGGCUGUGGCAGUCCGCCAAGCUGAAAAGUACUACAUCCUCCGUCCAGAAGUGAUUGAAACCUAUUGGUACCUAUGGCGAUUCACUCAUGAUCCAAGAUACAGACAGUGGGGCUGGGAGGCAGCACUGGCGAUUGAAAAGUAUUGCCGAGUGAGUGGUGGAUUUUCUGGGGUCAAGGAUGUUUAUUCCUCUACUCCCACACAUGACGAUGUGCAGCAGAGCUUCUUUCUUGCUGAAACAUUAAAAUAUUUGUAUCUGCUGUUUUCCGGUGAUGACCUUUUACCUUUAGACCACUGGGUGUUUAAUACAGAGGCGCACCCUCUGCCUGUGUUACAUUUAUUCAAUACCACACUUUCAGGAAAUCCUGCUGUUCGAUGAAAGCAGCUCCCGAAGGACCAUUUUCACCUGUGUCUUGUUUACAUGGACCACUAUGGAAAUAUGCUGGCCAGGGGGCUCUUGGAAACCUAGACUCUGGAGUCAGCCUGGCAGAGUAAAGAGUGACUCUUCCUUGCAAGAAUUUCAACUUGUAGAUACAUCAACUUUGAAAUUAUUCCAUUUUAUACCUGACCAAAACAUGUUCCGGGUACGUGUAGGACAGGGACCUGAUAAGCUUUGAUUCUGAAUGGAAUGGUCACUGAGGUACGAUGCCCAUUGUUACUACAUUGUUUGUAGAGUCCUGAGCCUUGAAGCCUCGGCAUCCUCAGAGCAAGGUAGGAGUAUGGACAAGGCCUUGCAGGAGUACAGCUGGCGAUUGGAACCAGUUGUAUAUUUGUUUCCUCCCUCAGUGGAGCAGCUUUCAAAUCAAUUAUUUACACAUUGUUUAAUCCGUUCUUCUCCAUUUUAAUAAUGGGAUGAAUUCAGGAUUUUUUUUUAAAGUACUGAAGUACUUAACCCUGUCUGAUUUUUCAAGUUCCCCAUUGGAUGACCAGACUGGCAGCCAUUUCAAAUCCCAGCCUAAUUUGUUCAUAUAUCUUGGUUAAAAUUAAAUUUCUCUGGGGGCAUGAUCUCACAAAGAAUACUGCUCAAUUUGUGUCUCCAUUUGGAAUCACAAGUGCAUUUUAUCAUAGCCACUAUUUGUGAGCCUGGGUUUGGGAUUGUGCAUGUCGUUGAGUCCAGUGUUGGCAGCAUGACAAAAUGUGGGGAAGGCUGUAGACCAUUCCCUUGAAACCUGUUCUAAGAGAAAGCCUUGCUUUUGUUGGUGGGAAAUUAUUUUUUUCCAAACCAGCAAAUCUACUAAGUAAAUGUUACCCACUUUAACCUUAUUAUAAAUUUAGUACAGUUACUCAACAACUUUUAUUAUAUGGCUUUACAAAACAUCCUGUACUAUAUAUGGUUCUGAAUUUGCCUUGAUGAGAAACACUGCUAUUAUGAUUUAUUAAAUCAGAAACAAAACACAGAAACUUCCUUGAUUUGACUUGGGUAAGAGAGAAGGAAAUUAUUUAUGACCUCAUUAGAAGAACAAGCUUCUCAAAAAUAUUUUUUGUAAAAAACUUAAUAUUUUCUCCAAGGAUACAAAUUAAUCCAAAGAAUUAAUCAGAAAGCUUCAAAAUAAAUUUUAGUAGUAAAAAUGUGGUACAAUGACCAUAUUUCAUGUAACUUGAGAUAUAUGUCUAAGAAUUUUUCUCUUACCAUCAAUAGGUUUUGCAGUGAUAAUUCUUGUAAAAGAAAUGUCUAGUUUUCUUUUUAAUGGCAGAGGCAAACAAAUUUUAUCAAGGACUAUAAUAUAAAUAUUGAAUGCUUUUAAUUUUGUGUCACAAUGUAAGACACUUACUCCUCUUUAGUACAAUCGGCCACCAUUGACAUUAAUAAAAGUUGGGAAUAGUGUAAUUAAUAUUAACUCUGAAUUUCAAGAUUUUAUGAAACAGUAUUUGUUCAGAUAGCUAACAUUGCAAUUCUGAAAUCUUAUUUCCUUAUUUUGAUAGCUUUUUUCCCCCCAGUUCUAUUAGCAUGUAAAUUUAAAUUGGGAAAAGACUUUGUGAAUUAACAUAAUUAAAUAUUUCCUAAGGUUGAUCAUUUUACACCAUAGUGAAACAACCCACACAGUUCAACAAAUCAUUCAUAAGUAACCAACCAUAAUUUUUUCAGUAUACAAAGACAAGCGUGAACAACCAGUUGCAUUCCUCAAAUCCUUCAGAGUUCAAUUUUAUCACAUAUUUUGAAUGUGUGAUGCAUUUUACUACUUGAAAAAAAUAAUUUUUAAAUGAGAAGAGUAGAAUGCUUUAAUAUGACUUUAGAAGAAAAAGAGAAAGUAUUUGGGGUUUUUUAAAAAAAAUCACCUUCAUCCUAAAAAUAGCACAAGCCCACUUCUGAGUCAUUGAAGAAAAGUGAUCUGGCAAGGACCCAGAGCAGCUACGCUAAUGGCCCUGUGCUCGCCCUCAUUUGGCUGGAGGAGAAUGCAGAGAAAAUAGGACCUUCAUGGUUCCUCGGACGUCUCAAGUGAUGGGAGGCAGAACCUCCCAUCCCACACUGCUCUGCUUGUAUCACUUGGAUAAACUGGAGCUUCAGAGCAGACAAGACGUAUCCAAGCAGGAUCAGUUCUGGUAAGAGCAAAGAAUCGGAGGAGGACAAAAGGUAGGGUUUUCUUCCCCUGCCUUCCCUAUGGCGAUGAGGAGGCUAGAGCGCAUAAGGAUGCUUCCAUUUUCCCUUGUCUGAAUACCAAAGGCAAUUAAAGUCAGCUACAAAUGACUUGCCAGUGUUAUGUUUUCUUUUUGUGAUUCUUUGACAUUAUUUCCUCCAAAAUCAAUCUUUAUCCUCUGUUCUGCUUAGUUUCUAAGGGUAUUGUUAUCAUUAUUAUUUUUUACUUUCUUCUGUUCUUUGCCUUUGCAUUUAUAGACCUUAUUACUCAGGAUAAAUACUUACUGAAUUUCUAAGACCUUUUGCAAAGAGCCCAGAAGGCUCCUUUCUAAAGGGGCUUCUUCAGAGAGCCGACACUUCGCCUUAUGCCUUUGGCACAAACGUGCAGAACAGCUCAGUUGGGACAUGAAAGGAAAAACAAAAGCCCUCCACCUUCUCCAUUUAUUUCUCUCCAGUUUGGAGUCACAGUUUCAGUUCAAAGUGGGCUUAUUAUUAUUAUUCAACCGGUAUAAAGUUGUCACACCAAGGCAGUGCAGCCCUAACCAAAAAGACCUCUCAGUACAGAGCAAUAGGCCCCAGUCAGGGGGUUCUUACUUUCUGGUGGGUUGCAUGUAUGUGCUGUUCUGUUUUUCGAACAUGAACUUAUUCUUAUCUUUGAGCAGAUGUUCCAAUGUAAAAGUAAAACCUGACUAUUGAAGGAGUCUGUCCUUUUGGGGGAUUAAUGAUCUGGGGUGUCAGUGAUGUCAUCUAGCACAGCCUAGGGCUUCAUUUGGUAGAUUUCUCCCAGGCACUUUGAAAUUUUGACCACCACCUCAUAGUCUCCAUUAUCCAUUGCCAAAGUCUUUGUCAAAACUAUGUAUUUGUUGGUAAAAGAUUAUACUUACAAUUCUCAUUACGCAGUUUCUCCUUAGCCUGAAUUUCUUGGAACAUGUGUUUGAGGAAUGAGUGACCAAACACUUGCAGAGUACCUAAUCCAUGUCAGGCAUCAUGCUACUCACGUUCCAGCAUUAGAACAUAAUAGCUGUUUCCAGUGUCAUUUUCUGUAUGCGAGUAAUUCAUAGCAUUUGAAAAGGUUUUCCAGUGUGAAUUAUGUUACAAAAUCCUUAAUUUUAUAUUUCAUUUAAGUUAAAGAGGAAAACAAAGGUUUAUAAUAUAUUUUAAUCAAUGUGUUACUAUCUAACACUGACAGCUGUAAUUAUAGUUAAUAACUAAAAUCUUGUGGGAAAUGUCAAAGUAAUUGACCUAUGAAGCAACUUGGACUAAAAUAUUUACUUUAGAAAUAAACGCAUUCUUAUUUUGCAUUUCACUUUACAUAAUUAAAAAAAUUUAAUGUUUUUA